UGGCAAUGUUGAUGUUUGAAGCUGCCCUCCCACUCCGGCUGUGUCCAUCUCGUCCAAUCGAAGAUGCUCGUUGGUGUGGCGCGUGUGCGCAAAUUGGCACCCGAGGAAACUCAGAAAAUGAUUGACGAAGCAAAGCGUGACGCACCUGACAUCUGGGCUAAGGUUGCCGUGGAGCGAAUCCUUGAAAGUGGUUCUUCACAGCUUAUGCCAAGUGCGUCGGCGACGUCUGUGAAGACAUUGGCAUCACGCUUCGCUUACGUCUCCAGUGAGAUCACCUGCCCUUCAGGAUGUGCGGGCUUGACCAGGUAUGGGCACAGGGUCGGUGACUUGAGCAAGUAUGCAGCAAUGGAACGCGAAAACCAACUGACCUCUGUGCUCGCCUACUGCCCGACAUGUGAACUGAUCUUUGAUGCCACUAUUUGAACAUGACCCUUGCCAUUCCAGAGUGGGUGUGCCGCUUGUGCUAGUUCCAGCCGGUGACAUCCGCAAAGGGGAGUCCAGGCCUUUGACAUUCUGGCAUCGAUGCAGAUAAACCGACAGCUCAGAGAGGUGAAUCACUGUCCAGUUGAACAAUCCGUUCGGCCUUCGGUGUGAGUGGUGUGAUGUGGCCUCAAGGUGGCAGAGGGACCCAUGGGGUAUCUCCCAGAGCGACAAGGAGACCGAAAUGAAGUUGAGCGAUCUACACCAUGCAAAAAGCGGCCGCAAAGAGAAAUGCCUGCACACAGUCGCCGCAUGUUCUACAGUGGAGAGACCGGUGAUGCUACGCCCUUCUUCCACCGCCUGGGCAAGACGAAUUGCAACGCUGCCGUGAAGAAGACACCAUCGGAGGCUUCCAGGUGCGACGACCGUGGUGCAGCUCUACAGCGCUCGUUCCACCGGCGCCAAACCAG